AUGAUCUUGAAAAUUCAACAAAAUAUUACUGAAUUACAAACACAAAUUGAAGAAGAACAAAGACAACGUGAUGAAGCACGUGAAGCAGCUGCUGUAGCUGAACGUCGUGUUAAUCUUAUAACUGGUGAACUUGAAGAAUUAUGUACAGCUUUAGAACAAGCUGAACGUGCACGUAAAGCAGCUGAAAAUGAAUUACAUGAUGCAGUUGCUCGUAUUAGUGAUAUAAGUACACAAAAUGCUAAUUUAUUUUCACAACGACGACAACUUGAAUCAACUAUUGCUGCUAUGCAAGCUGAUUUAGAUGAAGCUGUUAGUGAACUUAAAUAUAAUGAAGAACGUGCUCAGAAAGCAAGUGCUGAUGCUUCACGUCUUGUUGAAGAAUUACGUCAAGAACAAGACCAUGCUUUACAAGUUGAACGAUUACGUAAAGGUCUUGAACAACAGGUUAAAGAUCUUCAAACACGUCUUGAUGAAGCUGAAGCUAAUUCACUUAAAGGUCGAAAACGUGUUACUGCUAAACUUGAACAACGUAUACAUGAAUUAGAGAAUGAAAAUGAAUUAGAACAACAUUGUCAUCAGGAAACAUUGAAAGAAUUACGUAAAAAUGAUCGUCGUUUGAAAGAACUUGCAUUUCAAACAGAAGAAGAUCGUAAAAAUCAAUUACGUUUACAAGAUCUUACUGAAAAAUUACAAUCAAAGAUUAAAGUUUACAAACGUCAAGUUGAAGAAGCUGCUAAAUUUUGUAAAGUUCAAACAGAACUUGGUGAUGCUAGUCGUACUUCUCCAGCUCAUGAAUUACGAGAAACUACUACAACAGUACGAGCAACAUCAACACUUCGUGCUGGUUCAAUGCCAUUCAAAGUUCGCAUCUCAAAAUUUCGUCAUGUAUUUGGUACACCUUAUCGUGAACAAGAUUGUUAUAAAAAUAUAGCUAUCACACGUAAUGCACAUGAUGGAAGUUUUUGUGCUGUUAAUUCAAAAUUUUUAGCAAUUGUAACUGAAACAAGUGGUGGGGGUAGUUUUCUUGUUUUACUUCUAUCUGAAGUUGGUCGUGUCGAUGUUGAUCAUCCACGUAUAACUGGUCAUCGUGGUCCAGUCGUUGAUCUUAAAUUUAAUCCAUUUAAUGAUAAUGAAAUAGCUUCAUGUUCAGAUGAUGGAACAGUUAAAGUUUGGUAUAUACCAAAUGAUGGUUUAAAAUCUGAUACAUAUCAAUGGAAAGUUGAUUUACAUGGACAUCAAAGGCGUGUAGAUUAUAUUGAAUGGCAUCCAACAGCACAAAAUCUUAUAUUAAGUGCUGGACUUGAUCAUCAAGUUGUUUUAUGGAAUGUUGAAAGAGCUGAACCAAUACAAGUUUAUCGAUGUCAUCCAGAUGCAAUACAAUCAAUAGCAUGGAAUAGAAAUGGUUCAUUAUUUGCAACGACAUGUAAAGAUAAAAAUAUACGUGUUAUUGAACCACGUACUGGUCGAAUUAUUUCGAAAGGAAUCGGUCAUCAAGGUCCAAAAACAUCAAAACUUGUUUUUUUAGGCGAUACAAAUCGUAUUUUAUCAACAGGUUUUGGAAAACAAUUUGAACGACAAAUAGCUAUUUGGAAUCUUAAUGAUUUAACAAAACCAUUAAUAGUUGAAACAAUCGAUUUUAGUGCCGGUGCUCUUAUUCCAUUUUAUGAUCAUGAUACACGUACAAUUUAUUUAGCUGGAAAAGGUGAUGGAAAUAUUCGUUAUUAUGAAGUGAGUGAUCAAGGCGAACCAUAUUUAUAUUUUCUUUCUGAAUAUAAAUCUUCUUCGCCACAACGUUGUCUUGGUAUGAUGCCAAAAAUUGGUCUUGAUGUAACACGUAAUGAAAUAAUGCGUUUUUAUAAAUUAUUUGCUACUGGAUCUGUAUGUGAACCUAUUUCUAUGAUUGUACCACGUAAAGCUGAAGCAUUUCAAUUAGAUAUUUAUCCUGAUACUCCAGGUCCAUAUCCAGCAUUAUCAGCCGAAGAAUGGAUAUCUGGUAUUGAUCGUGAUCCAAUACUUGUAUCAAUGAAAGAUCGAGUUGAAGGUACAAAUAUGCCAAAGAUUACAACAUAUCGAACACUUGAUUCAACCACAUCAACGCCUAUUCUACCUCAUCGUGGAACACCACAACGUACUAUUCAACCACCAGUUGCAGAAGUUGCACCUACACCUAAACAAAAUCUUAUUGAUCAAUCACCACCAUCUCCUGUAUCAAUUGAAAAAUUAGCGGUAAAUAUGCAACAACAACAACAACAACAACAUCAGCAUCAACAUCAAUCGAGUUCUAAAGGCUUAAGAAAAAUUGAAUCAUUAAAAAUGCCAGCGACAAGUACAGAAUUUAAUAAUGUUAGAAAAGAGGAAAAGAAAUCAGCUGUUGUACAACGACGCCAGUUUGCAACUCGGCGUCGUUUAGGACGUACAAGUUCAUGUGGAAUUUUAUUGGAUACCAGUGAUGAAGUUAUUCCUUCUCCACAACCACAACCACCACCACGAGAGCGUAAAGUCUCUCCACCUAAACCAGUUAGUAUUACAUCAGCAACUGUACCGAAUACGCCAUUAAAUCGUAAUCUGUACAAAACGCUUCGUUCUUCAUUUAAACCUUUUCCAUCAGAGAAAAAAAUGAGUCAUACACAAUCUACACCCGAUCUUACAUCGUUGGUGUCAGAGAAUAAAAAUGAUGAUGACACAUCGUCAUCACUUGAAAAUCUUUCGAAUACUUAUUCAACAAUGAAUUUAUCUCAACAACGACCAACUGGUUCAAUUCUUAAACGAAGACCACCACCACCUCCAGCACCAUCACAAAUUCUUGAAGAACCUAUUUAUGUUUCAUCGGUUUCCGUACCUUUACAACAAACUGGUCCUCGGUCAGUUCAAUCAAUGAUCCAUGAUAAAAACUCAAAUACACCAGAGAGGGAUAAAUUUCAAACUAAAAUUAGUCAACAACAACAACAACGACAAUCUCAAUCACCAAUACAUAAUAACAAUCAAAAUCGACGUAGUGUUGAAGUCAAAAAAAAAGUAUGGAGCGUUGAUACAUCAGAACAACAACAACAGCAAUCACCACCACAACAGCAACAAUCACCACAACAACAACAACAACAACAACUACAACAGCAAACUUUGUAUCAUAAUAAUCCUAAUGGACAUCAUCCAUCUGUUCAACAACAAACAAAUGGAGUUGAUUAUCGUCAAGCAUUUUUAAAACAACAAGAAGAAGUGCAAUCAUUACGUGAACUUAUGUCAUUAAAAGAUAAUCGAAUUCGUUUACUUGAAGAUGAAUUACGUUUAUUAAAAAAUAAAUAUGAACAUAAACCGAAUGAACUAAAAAGAUGA